CAGGAAACCUAGUUCUCAUAACCUGGUAGUGUUAUUGUAUUGCCUCUGCACAAUACAGAAAACAUGGCGAGGAGAAAAGGCAUGGGCCGUUCAAAGGUAGUCCUCAAGAGAAUAGAGAACAAAAACAGUAGACAAACCACUUUCUCCAAGCGCCGUACUGGGCUCUUCAAGAAGGCCAACGAGCUCUGUGAGAGGUGUGGUGCACAGGCCGCAGUUAUCACCUUCUCCAUGGCUGGCAACCUCUACGCCUCCGGCCACCCUAACGUCGACGCCGUCAUCGAUCAAUACCUUGCCAGGACUUCAUCCGACGAAGUUGAGGAGAAGUACGCGGAGGCUUUGGCGAAAUUGGAAGCCGAAAAGAAGAGAGAUAAGAUAUUGGACAGGGCAGUGGAGAAGAUCGGAGGUGGGUCUUUGUUGGAUGCGCCGAUUGAGGCUUUCGAGAUUCAAGAACUUGAAGAAAUUAUAGCCAUCAUUGAGGAGAUGAUGAACAACGUUGUGGUUCGAGACAAUGACAAGAGAGAAAAUCCAUCUGAACCUGACGAUCCCUGCGAUGUUCUUUCUUUAGACCUUAGCUUGGCUCUUAAUACCUUACAUUAUUGA